AUGGAUGCGAGCGGUGCCGUCACCUCCGAGCCAUACGGUGGUAUUUUGAGAGUCUUAGUAGAGGCAUGCGCGAGUUUCUCAAGGCUAACAGUGUCAGGUCACUUCCUCUUGCAGUGUUGGGUAGACCUUCUGCUUACUGAAGAGCAUUCGAAUCAUGCUUGUGCAUCUCUGUGCACAGGUGAACCCGAGCCUUGCACAGAGGAGUAUUACCUAAUUGCCAGCAAGGCACGAGCAAGCAACCCUGCGGCGGCGCUGCGCGCUACUAGUUUUUGUCCGAGCGCUGCUACAGCGACGCGAGAGUUCAGCGUUGCCGCACUGUCUAAUGAAGCACGAGAAACAGUUGCUGCGAGCAAGUGCGUGGUAGCAUCUAGACAACGGUGGCAGAGGGCCGCAGAUGCUGCGGCAAGGGAACGCGCCGCGAGCACCCUUGCUGCAGCUGGCCUAGUUGCGGCUCCUAAGGAUCGUAGUGCUAUCGAAACAGUGGAUGCUGAAGCUAGAUCUUUUCUGCUCCGGCUUCUGCAGCAGCCUCAGCUGAGCACCACACCCGCCCGUUCCCCGUUAGGUGGCACCGGAAAUGCUGCAGGAAAAAACGCAGCACCAACAAACACAUGUCAUCCGCAGCCAGUCUUGCUGCUCAGUUGCAGCGGCGGCUCGGACAGCACUGCCCUGCUGCAUGCAACUGCGCGCUCUUUAGGCCUUGGUGCUGCUACUCCUUUUGCUGUUGCUGCUGCCGCUGCCGCUACUGGCUCUACGGAGCAAAAGCAGCAGCAGCAACACAGAACCCAGUUGCAAGGCACUUCUGAUAGCGCAUCUGGCACUGCCACAACGCGCUGUUACAACAACAGCAGCGAACGCGAUGGAGGAUUAGCCGCGUACUGCGAGAUGGGUGGCGUCGGCUUGCGCGUUGCAGCGGUAUACUUCAAUCAUAGGUUGAGAGACGAGGAAGUAGAGAUUGAGAAGAAGCAUCUUAGGGCCAUGUGCCAGGCGUAUGGGCUGCCGUUACAUUGCAUCGCAAUGCCUGACCGCCUGUUGCGUCAAUGCACAACACAGCGCGAGGAGGAGCAAGAAGACCAUCCUUCCAGUAGACGCGGUAGCAAGGCCUCGCCGCAGCAGCUCAUGCGCAACUGGCGAAGAAGUGAAACAAAAGCCCUUCUAAUCCGUAUGCUGCAGCAAGAAGAGCAGCAGCAUGAGCAACACCAGCAAAGGGGUUUUGUUCUUACCGGGCAUCAUGCAGACGAUCAACUAGAGACGAUUUUUUUGAAGCUUCUGAGAGGCGUGCAUCUCCUUAACCUGCACGGUAUGGAACCCCUUGCGACGAUUUCGGAUGACAGCGUCCCCCAGCAGCAAGCCAGCCAAGCCCUUGGAAGUGGCUGGUGCGAGGACUCCUCUAACAAAAGCUGCAAGUAUCUCAGGAACGCCUUCCGCUGCAAGGUUUUGCCUGUCCUAGCCAACUUUACGCAGCACGCAUUUGGUGUGCCCGUGCCAGAAUCUGCCGCGCCUUCAGCGGCAGCGAGCUCUGCAGCACUAGCUGUCGCAAGCCACAAUCUGGAAACGAGUCCAUCUGCACUCACGUUAGGACGCUCAGAUACAACGGCAGCACCAGUAGCAGACAUGACGGCACCAACGCACGCAAUGGCUAGUCGCGGGUUCGCUGCUUUGCGACGCCGCAUGGACCUGCUGCAUCGACAAGUGACACUGCUGAAGCUACACAUCCAUCAAGAGGCCGCGGCAUGGGAGCGCGUAAACCUUAGCUUGGCUUCGAAUUCUGCCGCUGCAAUGAGCGCGAAGUCUGCUAUUGCUGCAACGGAUGUUGUAGCAAAAGUGCAUCUUGCUGGAGCCGCCGUAGAGCCACCCUGUCCACCAGCAAGCCCAACGGCAGAAGCCGCAACACCAACGGCAACGGUUGCAGAUGCAGGUGCACGAACAGAGGAGCGGCUGCAAGGGCAGCAAGUGUCAGCGCUCCCCCUUCGUGCCUGGUCUGAAGUCGCCUCCGAGUUCGUGCGGCAGCAGUUGCUGUACCGUUGGCUUAUUAGAGGGAUGGAAGGCCACGAUGUUUUGCCACAAACGGUGGAAGACCUUGCAUCUCGUCUUUCAAAGGCAGCCGCAUGCAGCGGCAUCAGGAAGAGGGCCUGGAGGCUAGACGUCGGGGGUGGUUUUUCGGUGGAGCUUCAAGGGCAGCAUGCAGUCCUUCGUCGGACGCCCUUCCCUUUGCCCCAGCAGGAGCCUCAGUAA